UUGCUUCGCCAUCCCCUUCGUCCGUCUCUACUGCUUCAUCACAUCAUCAUGCAUCCCAAAUCACUGCCAAGCUUCGCUCCUCUCCUCUUCCCCAUCCUUCUGUUUUUCGUUACCAUCUCGGGCGAAAAAGAGUGGAGCUGCGGAGAAGUCAAGAACAUCACACAUCCCUUCUGGUUGUCUGGGGAAAAAUCGCCCGGUCCUCCUGCUUUUGAAGUGGAAUGCGAAAAAAAUAGUCUCCCCGUUCUCGUGAAUUCCUUCGGCAUGUCAUACUCUAUCCACCAAAUCUUCUACGAUAACAGAUCCCUUUGGCUCAACAACACCAAACUCGCCGCCGACUACUGCCCAGUUCCCAGUGACAACGUCCAGUUUGGUCCCGAUGAUUGCUUCUCCAUUAGCACGGCGAACAGAGAGCUCUUCCUGUUCCAUCAUUGCUCAGGAACCGGACCCGAGAAUUCCACGAAAAUGGAGUGUGCUUAUGAUGACGUUUAUGCUAAACUUGGUGGAAAUUACGGCGACGUCCCUCCGCCUGACCUAUCGUGCGGGUGUGAGGUGAUGGCUGCACCGGUUUUGACGCUUGGCGGAGUGGAAGAGAGUCCAGACUGGUACGAGGAUCUCCUGAAGAAUGGAUUUCUGGUGGAGUGGUGGGACGAUGAAGGAAGAUGCGGGGAUUGCAGAGGCAGCGGUGGGAAGUGCGGGUCUGAUCAUGAAACAGGGGAGUUCGUCUGUCACUGCCCACAACGACCGGACGAUCCCAGAAGCUGCAGAAAUGGCGACGAUCGUUCUGCAGAACAUACACACACGAAGCGGAUUGUAAUAGUUUCGCUGGCGGGAUCGGUGGGCUUGCUGUUGCUCUGUGCUGUGUUAUCACUCCUGCAUGCACCAAAAUGGUUCAAGAACUCUGUCUUCUUCAGCUCCAAAUCAGAAUGCACACACAACAUCGAAGCCUUUUUGGGUAAUUGUGGAUCCCUGGCCCCCAAAAGAUUCAAGUAUUCUGACCUGAGAAAGAUCACCAAAUCCUUCCGAGAGAAACUGGGCGAAGGUGGAUAUGGAAGCGUGUUCAAAGGUACGCUCCCGGACGGCCGCUUGGUGGCCGUCAAGAUCUUGAGCAAGUCCAAGGAGGACGGCGAGGAAUUCUUCAACGAAGUCGUCAGCAUCGGUCGCACCUCGCACGUCAACGUCGUCACUCUCCUCGGCUUCUGCCAAGAGGGCCGCCGAAGAGCUCUGGUUUACGAGUUCAUGCCCAAUGGUUCCCUGGAGAAGCACAUCAACCGAGCAGCUCUUCCUUGGGACAGACUCCACCAGAUAGCCAUCGGCAUCGCCCGAGGGCUGGAGUAUCUGCAUCGCGGCUGCAACGCUCGCAUAGUCCACUUCGACAUCAAGCCUCACAACAUCCUCCUCGACGAGGAUUUCCGCCCAAAGAUAUCAGACUUUGGAUUGGCGAAACUGUGCCCGCAGAGAGGGAGCGUGCUCUCCAUGGCGGACGCGAGAGGGACGAUAGGGUACAUCGCACCGGAAGUGUUCUGCAGGAACAUUGGAGCUGUCUCCACCAAAUCAGACGUCUACAGUUAUGGAAUGAUGGUCUUGGAAAUGGUUGGAGGGAGGAGGAACGCAAGAGCAGGCGCAGGCGCAGAUAGGAGCAGCGAGGCAUACUUUCCUGAGUGGCUUUACGAGCACUUGGAUGGAGAAGGAGAUCUUGGAGCUUACGGUGUGACAAAUGAAACGGAGGAGAUGGCGAGGAAGAUGAUAAUGGUUGGGUUGUGGUGCAUACAAACCAGGCCAGCAGAUCGGCCUUCCAUGAGCAGGGUUGUGGAGAUGCUGCAAGGGAGAGGCAGCGACGUGGAAAUGCCACCAAAGCCGUGUCUUUCUACGCCAUCCCAAUCCUACGUUAGCUCUGCAUCUUAGCAACGCGUUUGAUCGAAUCUGGGUUUGGGUUAUCCCAAAUUGGGCUUAACUUGGGCUCAAUUUAGGGCUUAUUUAAGUGUAGUCUUUCGGGGCUCGCUACACAGGCGAAUUCAAACGGCAUAUAAAUAGGCGCGCGAUUUGCUUCCCCGUUUCA